UUAUUAGACAAUUGUCAAAGUGGAAUUAUUCACAUUUCGUGGAGCGCAUUUUUCAUAAACAUCACACAUUUUCUACAUAAAAGUUAUUUAUUUAAACGAAAAACAAACGAAUAGAAUUGCAGCUACAUUGCUAAGGCUUCAACAUGAAUUAUGGCCGUAAGACACCGUCCACGUAUCGCUCCAACCAUUCGGUGUACUCCCACACCACUGGCAGAUCCUCGACAAAUUUACAUUCGAUAAAAUCGCGGUCAAUGCGCUCGGUGCGCGUGCCGUGGUAUCAGCGACCUAUUUUGAAGAACAACCAAUACAUAGAUAUACAGAAGAAUUCAAUGCUAAUUGGAAUAUUCGCCAUUUUUCUUGCACUCUUCACCAUUGGCACUGCAAUUUUCGAUAUCUACUGCUUAGCUAUGGCUGCACCUGGCUCAACUCACUAUGGUUACUAUAUAAUCUCGUAUGAAUUUGUUUAUGUCGGUAACAAACAUGUGCGCAACAUGCUUAUUGUGUUUGCCUUAUUUUCUCUGAUACUGGGAAUAGUUAUAUUAUUUACAAGUAUUUUGCUUGUAAUUGCACUUAGAAAGGAGUACGAGCGCAAAAUUCUGCCUUGGUUGAACACAUUUGCUGUGUUUACCAUCUGGCGCUCACUAGCUUUGAUAUUCUUCGCAAUAGUUAACGAUUUAAUCUUCGCUUACAAUAUUCUUAUGGUAUUGCUAUGGAGUAUCGCUUUAGUCGUUUGCAUCUAUGGCUGGUGCGUGGUGUACUCGUUAUUCCUCGAGUUGACCAACUUGACGAAAUUGGAGGAUUUGGCACAUUUACGCAUGGGCACGAUGGCUUCUUUGCAUGCAUCAGCUGCCAAUUCCUUGGCUGGUUCCCGUCCAACUACACCGCACAGCACCGUAUCUACUAUGCCUGUGGGUUAAACUACACUUAACAAAGCAUUUAGCAACGAAAAUAUUUUAUCUACUUUUCCACAACGCAUCAUGACUAUAUCAGUGCAAAUGUAUACCGUCCAAAAUUCUUAGAUUUACAUUUACAAAUAUAUUUUUUACACAACAUGUAAGACACGAAUCUCAGCAUUCCACAUGUAUUCAUUUUUUUUUUAAAUAUAUACAUAUAUUAAAGUAUAAGCUAGAAGCUCGAAAUAUAAUAGCAUAAGUGGAUUAAGAACUUGUAAUUUAAAAACAGUGCCUUAGAACUUCUACAUAUCUGUUAUGUACAAUUUAUACAAGAAAAAAACUUUUUUACAAUUGAAAAAUCAUAAUUUGUAUGCAAAUGUAUUUAAUGUUACACUUUAAUUGUUAAACGAUUUUUCUACCAAUUAAUAAGCAAAAAAAGCAUCAUUCCACAGAUUUGUAAAACUGGCAAAAGUAUUUAUGAAAUAUGAGCACAUUUAACCGUCCGAUUCGCAUUUUAUUGUGUCAAUUUUUUAAUAAAUUUGUAAAAUUUAAUAAAACUUAAUUUUUAUUUA